AUGGAUCUGAAAUCGGUACAGGAUCUCAAAGGUGUCCUUCGACCCGAUUUCUUUCACGGAUACGCCACAGCUGCCCCACAGAUCGAAGGGGCUUGGGAUAAAGAUGGCAAGGGGAUCUCGAUCUGGGAUAAAUUCGCCCACACCCCUGGUAACAUCUCAGACGGCAGUACGGCAGACGAUGCUGUCCGAUCAUAUGACUUCUACCGCGAGGAUGUGGCGCUGAUGAAAUCUUAUGGCGUCAACGCCUAUCGCUUCUCACUCUCGUGGUCCCGCAUUAUUCCUUUGGGGGGUCGUGACGACCCUGUUAGUGAAAAGGGUGUUCAAUUCUAUUCUAAUCUUAUCGACGAACUUCUUCGGAAUGGGAUCACUCCCUUUGUUACCCUCUUCCAUUGGGACACCCCCCAGGCCCUGGAAGAUCGUUAUGGGGGUAUGCUGAACCAGCAAGCGUAUACAUCGGAUUUUGUUAGAUAUGCCCGGGUCUGUUUCGAGCGAUUCGGCGAUCGCGUGAAGCACUGGAUCACUUAUAAUGAGCCCGGGGUAUAUACUCUCGCUGGCUAUGCUGCUGGUGUGCAUGCGCCAGGACGCUCUUCUUUCCGCGAGCGAAAUGCGGAAGGGGACUCCUCCACUGAGCCUUUCAUUGUCGCGCAUACGGAGCUAGUGUCUCAUGGCCAUGUAUCUCGUCUCUAUCGCGAGGAGUUUCAGCCUUAUCAGAAAGGAACAAUCGGAAUUACCUUGCACGGGAACUGGUCCGAGCCUUGGGAUGAGGAGGAUCCUCUUGACCAGGAAGCAGCCGAGCGGGCGCGAGAGUUUGAGAUUUCCUGGUUUGCCGACCCAGUGUACAAGACUGGAGACUAUCCUGCUUCAAUGCGAGCUCAGUUAGGGGAUCGUUUGCCUCGGUUCACCCCAGAGGAAUCGAAGCUCGUUCUGGGCAGUUCCGAGUUUUACGGCAUGAACAGUUAUACGACAUUUUUCAUGAAGCACAAAACGACACCCCCAGAUAUCAAUGACCACAAAGGAAAUGUGGAUAUUCUCGACGAGAAUAAACUGGGGGUGCCACGCGGAGAAAAGACUGACACCGAAUGGCUCCGUGCUGCGCCGUGGGGGUUCCGGAAGCUGUUGAAUUGGAUCUAUAAGCGAUACCAGAUGCCGAUUUUCAUUACCGAGAAUGGUACGACUGCACAAGGAGAGGUUUCUCCGACGCCAGAAGUCUUGAAUGACACAUUCCGAAUUCGGUUCUUCGAGGGGUACGUGGGAAGUGCUGUCGCCCGGGCCGUCAAAGAAGAUGGCGUGGACAUUCGGUCUUAUUUUGCAUGGACCUUUUCCGACAACUGGGGUACGUGA